GCCUUCAAGGUGAUUUCAGACGCACAAUCAAUGGAGAAGAGAAAGUCGUUUACCCUUCUUAAAUAUUACGAGGAGGUUCAGAAGGAAAUAGAGAGUCUUGAUGCUAACUUCCUAGAUUUGCUGAAAACAAGUGAGGGUGACGUCCUUUCAAAAAUGAGGAAAAGAAUGAAAAGAAUGGAAAACAGAGAUUACGUUGUUCUUGUGGCAGGCGAGACAAGUGCUGGUAAAAGCAGUAUGUUGAACCUAAUUCUUGGUGAAGAGCUUCUGCCGUUUUCAGUUUUAAGUACGACAUCUACAAUUUGUGAACUGAAACAUGGAAGAGAGCGAACAAUAAAGAUACACUACAAGGAUGAGCGGAAAGCUCCAAAGGAAAAGAUCCUGGAAGAAUCUUCUCCUUACAAGGAUCAGAUAUCCGAAUUUGUUCAUGUCAAAUCUGCAGAUUUGAGAGAAAAGGCAUCAGACUACAAAAAGGUGGAGCUGUUUUGGCCUCACGCCUUAUUACAGGAUGGAGUUGUGAUCGUUGACAGCCCUGGCGUGGGAGAAUCAGAUAUCAUGGACAAAAUUGUGAUGAACUACUUACCAAACGCUUUUGCUUUCAUUUAUGUCAUCAACAGCAACAAUGCCGGUGGAGUUCAAAAAGAUCGCCUUGUGAAUCUUCUGCACAAAACGAGGUAUCUCACGAUUGAUCAGCAAAUGGAAUUCUCACCAGACUGCACCUUGUUCGUUUGCAACAAAUGGGACACCAUACCAACUGAGGAGAGAACUGAGGUCAUAGCGCACAUAAUUAACAAGUUGAGUCAGUGCUUACCAGGUUUCGACAAAAAUACUCAAAUCAUCCGCCUUUCAACAACUAAAGCUCUUGCCGCCCAGAAGUUUGGAGUCAUGAAUUCAGAAUUUGCAUCCCUUACAGAGAAGAUUGGCCGUCUGGUAACGAAAAGCAUCGAAACAAGACUUGAACAACACUGGAGUUGGCUGUAUCAUCUGCUUUCUCGUGUCAUUUGGCUGAUGAAUUUAUUCAUAACAAAUGUCACCACUGACCAUGUGGCUGCAAGACAGAGAUGUGAUGUUGUUAUAGAGAGGCUAAAGAAACUUCAAGUGGAGCAGGAGUCAUCAAAGAAAGAUUUCGCGGAACUUCUUAAAGAUGAGACCCACGAAGCCAUCAAAGCCUUAAUCAAGCACCUAAAUAGUCCCAAAGUAAAGGAGUGUUUUGGCAAGUGGAACUCGGAUGAGCUCCCGGCUGUCGAAAAGUCAUGGGAAGUUGCUGAGGCUGCCAUCGAAAAGCUUUUUCAAAGAAGAUUACAAAUGUUUAUUGAAGAAUGGGAAGAACAGUACCAACAUUUUGCCGGGGCACGGAAAUUUGUGGUCGACUGUUUCCUCGGCAAGUACAAUUACCUCGAAAGAGAGCUUCGGAACAUAGAAGUCAGCGUUUCGCAAAUAGGAGUACACGUAGAUGGUGACAAGACAUGGGAACCUGUGAAAGAACAGGUAUUUAACGGUAUAUACAACUUUUCUCUUCCGUUUGAAGGUAAAGUUCCCCACGAAAUCUUGGUCCCUGUCAUGAUUCCAGGUGCGCUUGUAUUAGCUGCGUUGGCUGUUCCAGUAACUUUGCUUUAUCUUCCAUAAGCGGGAGUAAAAUCCAUUGUCUACAAUAUGAAUGAAUGGAAAAGGAAGGAUGCCUACCAUAAAGAUCGAUCUGAAUUCGUGCGAAAAAUCUCUCAAGAGUUUUUGGCGAAAGCUGCAAACUAUGAGACGCUUGAGCCGCUGGUUGAGAGGCAGUUAGGGCACCCCAUGUCCACCCUAAAUGAGCUACAAGCAAAAGUCCCCAUGCUUGUUGAGGCCGACAUAAAACUUUGUGAGCAACUUUUCAUUGAGGCAGAAAGCAAGAAAGAAACUGUAGCUCUUUAUCAGCCCCGUAGAGACAAAUGCGACAGUCUGCGCGGUGAACUCGGGUUGUUUGGCUCUUUGUAGAUCCGGAGCAUGUGGAUCGCCUGGGAUGACCUUUCGUGGGAUGUCAGUGAAGAGGUGGACUUCAAGUAUUCCAUGAAACCUGGCCUUUACCAAGGGCGCAUUUCCAGCGGAAGAUAUUCAUCAAAUUGUUUACUAACCUUUAAUGUGUACAAGGAACUACUGGACAAUAGCAGUAUUACUGAGUGUUUGACAGAUGAAUCAAUCCUGAGACAGCUUCAGCAUCCUCAUAUUGUUGCAUUUUACGGCGCAGUAUUCAGGAAAGUCCCAAGAGGUCAUGAGGCUGCAUUUGUGAUGGAGUGUCCGGGACCGGAUUUAAAGAGCUAUCUGAUCACCCAGCCUGAAAAACCUAUGGCCAUGAUGAGUGUGAAUCAAUGGGCAGAGCAAAUCAUUGACGCACUGAUGUUGAUCCACAGUAUGUUUGAUGGAUGUGUUCACGGUGACCUUCGCCUAGAAAAUGUUUUGCUUGACAGUUCCAAUCUCCACAAUAUUAAGCUGAGCAACAUCUCCCUCAGGAGGCAGCUGACCAUCGAGCUUGGAUCAAACUGUGAUACAUCUCUCCAUCUUCCGCCAGAAGCUAUCCGAAAUAGAAUCUACAAUGUCUCAUCAGAGAUCUAUUGCCUCGGGAUCAUGUUAUGGGAAAUGUGGCACGGAAAAGAAGCCUUUGAAGAACAAAAGGGUCAGGAGCUGAGUGUUUUCCUCUCGCGCGUAGAAGAAGGUCACCGCCCACCUCUCACAGAUCUCAAAACGCAGACAUCAGUAGGCUGGACUGAGCUUGUUUCUAGAUGUUGGGCAAACACUAUUGAAAGGAGUAGCCUUGCGGAUUGUAAGUCAAAAAUCGCGGAAAUUUUGGCUAACCAAAAGUCGAGCUCAAUGUUUUCUCCUCAUUUAGUGAGAAAUCACAUAAGAAAUUACAUGCUGCACUGUAACGCUCAAUCCUAACCUUCUUUGCGUAUCUAUCACAACAAAGCUUGUCCAUACGAUAUUUAAAAGUUCGAAGUUUUCAGUCGGAAAUAUAAUGGCCGUGUUGAAGAUGUAGAGUAUAUGUCAAUUAAACAUUUCUGCUGGGGUUAGGUUUUGAUUUUGAAGUAAUAUGAUAUUUGUCAGUUCGGGCCAUGACCAUCUCUGGAUAUCGGUGUCGAGCUUUGUAAUUGGGUGCGAUUAAAACCAAAAUAAAGAGAGGCUAAUUAUUUUCCUAUGGUGGGGUGGACAUUUUUUUAAUAACCAAUAAACAUUAAUUAUACGGCUAUAAUAAUUUUUUUUUUAUUUCUAAGGAUUUGAGUCUAAGAGAAAAGAUGCAUUUUUAGUUUUCUUCAUAGUUCAAUGAGACAUCGGGGGAAAUGUCAUUUCUUGCGAGUUAUAAAGAAAAAAAGGACUCUAAAGUACCUUUAUGUGACAUGUGUUUCAAGGGUGCAGCAUCUAGGACUUUGACGCCCACUUGCUAUCGCCGUCAGAGUUCUUGUGCUUGGUAAGCACGCCCAAGAAAUGGGCACAACAGCUGAGUAGUUAUCACUUGUUGUAUAAAUAUGACAAAUUCUAAAUAAACGUACUUAGAAAGCCUUA